AUGACAUUAGCCAGUGAGGCCCCUGUUGAAUAUGGUCAUGUUCUAAGUUACACAAAGGUUUACUUUGGAAGGCUUUAUGGCGAUCUAGAAGGAGAAUUCCAAAAGUAUGUGAACAAUACUGGGGAGGUUUAUGGAGAAAGUGAAGUAACCCAUAAUGCAGAAGCAUUCUGUCACUAUACUUAUGAAAGGUCAGAACACCAACUUAUGGUUGUAGACAUCCAGGGAGUAGAUCAUAAUCUUUUCGAUCCAGAAGUUGCCAGUUCAACUCUUUUUUAUGCCAAUGACAAGACAAUAUUCUUUUGUUGUGGCAACCUUUCCACAGAUGCUAUUGAUAUGUUUAAUUUAAUUAAGGCAGUACAUGUUUGCAACAAAUUUUGCCAUAUGCUUAAGCUUAAAGAAAUGUAG